AUGUCAUUAUCAAGCUCAAUACGAAUUCCACUUUCAUGGCCUAAUAUUGAUGUAUUCACAUUUGGUAAAUCAUCUCUUUAUGGUUAUGAUUCUAUAAAUCAUUGUCUUGUUUUUCAUUCUCCAAUACAAAUAAAUAAUUUAAAUGAUAUUUCAAAUGAUCGUCUUCAUCUUUCAUCAUCUCCAACAUGGCCUAUUCGAAGAUUAAUUCUUAAUGAAGAUGAAACUAUUUUGGCUCUUUUAGCAGAUAAAAUCGUUUAUCUUGUUUAUUUACCAAAAUCAAAUAUACAAAUCAAUAAAACUUCACCUUCAAAAGGAUCUUAUCUAUGUUCAAUAAUUCGUGUUCCACCAUUAACAUCAUCUUCUCCGACAAUAACUUGUUCGCUAAUCGAUUUUGUUUGGUUAAAUUCAAAUCAUUUUGUUAUUGUUUAUACAAUUCCAUCACCAUCUGAAUGUCAUCUUUAUAAAGUUCGAUCAUCAAAACAAGUUGGAAUUGAAUAUCUUCAAACAUUUUCAGUUGGAUCAUCUUCAAUAAAUAAAUUUGGAACACCAAAUAAAAAAAUUUCUCUUCAUCAACCAUCAGAUAUAAUUAAAUUAGAUGUUACAAAAAGAAAACAAAAAGAUUUAGAAUUAAUUCUUUUAUUUGCAAUGAAAAGUGAUGGAGAUAUUUUUAUAUUAGAAAUUGAUCAAAAUCAACUUUUAUCGAAUGAAAAUAAAAUAUCUGAAGAAUUUCAAGGUCCUAUUCUUAUUCUUCCAUCAACAUUUAAUAAUUAUGGUGGUGAUCAUGGUCAAUCAACAUUUAUUUGUUUAUCAAAUUCAAAUUAUCCUCUUGUUAUAUUUACACAUGAUAAAUGUCAACUAAAUCAAUCUAUUAUUUUAUCUCCAUCAUUAAAUCAAUAUUGUUUAUUUACAAUUGAUUUAAUUUGUUUACCAACAAAUGAAAAUGGACAAAUAAUAACAUCAAUUAUUCGAGAUCCAUUUUCUUUGAAUAGAUAUUUUAUUUCUGAUUCAUCUGGAAAUGUUUAUUCAAUUGAAAUAUCAUGGAUUAAUCAAAUUCAACAAGGAUUAAAACAACUUCAACCAACACAUAUUCAACAUUUAAUUAAUGGAACAAAUUCCAAUUAUAAAAUUAUCAAUAAAAUUCAACAAAUCGGUUUAAUAAAAACAAAUAAUAAUCAACAAUACUUAGCAAUUAUUGUUAAAUCACAAAUAAAUCAACAAAAGGAAUUAAUAUUUAUUCAUUCUCAAUCAUUAGAACCGAUUGAAAAUUCUCUAAUUUUAUCAGAAUCAGAUGAAUCAAAAUCAUCAUUGGAAUUUAUUGAUCGUAUUCGUUCAUUACUUUCACGUGAUCAAUCAAUUCCUUAUAUAACACUUUCAACAUUGUCAACAAAUAUUUCUGAUUCAGAUUUCGAAAAAAAUCUUUCACAAUUUAUUAAAAUUUUAACUGAACAAUAUAUUGAAAAACAAGAAAAUGUUCGUAAAGAACUUGAAAAUAAACAAUAUUAUUUACAUGAUUAUCAACAAACACAAUUUAAUGAAAAUAAACAAUUGAAUGAAAAAUGUGAACAAAUUCAAAAACGAUUUCAAAUUUUAAGAGAACAAUAUCAACAAGAAUGUUCUCGUCGAAAACGUUUAUCAUCACAUGUUGAUGAUCUUCUAUCUAUAAUUGAACAAAGUACACCUGUUAUAUCAGAUAGUGAAAUACGAAUGCAACAACAAUUAGAAACAUAUCAAAUACAAAUUAAUUAUCUUAAAGAAAAUAUUCAACAUAUUCAACAAUUUAUAUUAUCAAAUCAAGAUCAAGAACAACUUGAUCAUUUAUAUAUCGAAAAUAUUCAAAAUUUUGUUCGAAAUCAUCGAAAUCAAAUUGAUCAAAUGAAAAAACAAUUACAAACUAUUCAAAUUAAUAAAUAA